AUGACAGUGAAAACAAUAUACAUAGCAAGACACGGCUACAGAUCAAAUUGGCUUCCAGAUGGACCUUACCCACCACCACCUACAAACGUGGAUAGUGACGUACCACUUGCCGCACAUGGUAUAGAUCAAGCUAAACAACUGGCUGAUUUUAUCUCUACUCUUGAGACUAAACCACAACUAAUUUUUUCUUCCCCAUUUUACCGCUGCCUGGAGACUAGUGAACCUGUAAAGAAGAAACUAGAUAUACCACUUUAUGUUGACAAUGGUAUCGGUGAAUGGUAUAGACCAGAUAGACCAAUUAUUCCAAUACCCGCCCCUGUAUCUAAAUUGAACGGUUUAUUUGAUGGCAUGAUUUCUAACGAUUGGGAAUCAUCUAUUAUACCUAGUGAUAAAGGUGAAACUAAAGAAGAUAUAUUUAAGAGAUGUAAUAAAUUUCUUGGAAUCUUUAUCCCAAGAGUUGAAGAAAGAUUCCCAGAAGUUUCAAGUAUACUUAUUGUAACUCAUGCUGCUACAAAGGCUGCUUUGGGUAUGAAUCUAUUAGGUUUCCCAGAUGCAAUUGUGUCCAUCGAUGACAAUGGUACUGUUAUUCGUAAUGGUUCUUGUUCAAUUGAUCAAUUCAAUCUAACUAAAGACAAUGAAAAAGAUUUCUACGGUAAGGAAUGGAACCUGGAAAUGAAUGGGAACACCUCUUUCCUAACCAAAGGUGAAGAGAUGAAUUGGGACUUCAGAAAUGGAUUUGAAGCUGGUUCUGAUGCUGAUAUUCGUGCAAGAAAGUUGGCUGAUGCUAGAAUACAGAGAGCCAACUAA